CGUGGUAUUUGUUUUAUUCGACGCCAUCUUGCACACAGCCAGCCGGUUGUUCCUUCUUCCCAAACCCUUUUUUCAGAGGUAAUCUACGGCAUGCCGGCGUCUCGCUCUCGAUCGAGAUCACCGAGGAGGACGUCGACUUCAUCAAAACCGAAUUCUCGUGAGCUUAUCACAAUUAAAACCGAUAAAGGCUCCGAAAAUAGCACCAACAAGAACACCGACUCUUCGGCUUCCCCAAGCUCUAAACCAAAUGAGAAGCCUUUCCGAAAGCCAUCAGAAUCGCCAGCCUCUAAAAGCAGUGGUGCAAGCAAUUGGAAUUCAUCACAUAAAAGUAAAGAGAGAAAGUUUUCCGGAAGAUGCAGGCUUUUCGUGGGAAACCUGACCAACUGCGACGAGAAGGAGCUAAGGGAUAUGUUUGAGAAGUAUGGAGAGGUGGCUGAGGUUUUUGUUAACAAGGAUAAAGGAUUUGGUUUCGUGAGACUGGAUACACGUCUGAAUGCAGAAGCUGCUAAACAAGCUGUUGAUAACCAAUAUCGAAAUGGAAGAACUUUGCGAGUGCGGUUUGCACAACAUGCAGCUGCUCUGAAAGUACUAAAUCUUGGUCCUGCUGUCACAAAUGAGCUGUUACAUCAGGCUUUUUCACAGUUUGGUGAUGUUGAGAGAGCCAUUGUUGUCUGUGACGAUAGAGGGAAAUCUAAAGGACAUGGUAUUGUCGAGUUUUCUAGAAAAAACUCUGCUCAAACUGCUCUGCAGCAAGUCAAUGAUGGCUUAUUCCUCCUUGGAAGAACUCCAUGUCCUGUAUCAGUUAAACAGUUAGAACAUAUAGAAGAUGAAGAUGGCAUUUUAGAUGAACAUAUGAAGAGAAAUCCCGCAUUUCAAAAGUAAGAAAUGGCAUUUAUAAGUGUUGGC